UUGACUUCUAACUCCGUCCCUUGGUAGCGUCUCCCGUCUUUGACUUCUUCCCAGCUCGAACCUUCGCUUCUUCGCGACCUCCGAUCUCCACUCCGUUGACGUUCCCGCAAAUUCCCAUCUGCUCCCCCAUUCUCCUGCUGAGUUUUCUUGGUUCCUUGCUGCGCGUCUUGCGCCAAUUGAAUCGGUUGCGGAUUCUAGGUUUUGGAUUCGGUCCGGUUGAAGUCAUCUGCGCGCGCGCGCUUGGAAUCGAGAGGGAGAGGAUGAGUUUCCAGGAUUUGGAAUCAGGGAGGCCGCUCAUCGUGCGGCGGCAGGAUUCGACGCAGGCUGUCGCGGCCGGGCUGUUCCAGAUUACGACUUCCGUCCGUAACUUCGAGCGCUUGGUCAGCACGAUCGGCACCCCCAAGGACACUCCCGACCUCCGGGAGAAGCUGCACAAUGCAAGAUUACAUAUUGGACAGUUAGUUAAAGAUGCUUCUACCAAACUUAAACAAGCCACUGAAACUGAUCAUCUUUCUGAAGCUAGUACAAGCAAAAGGAUAACAGAUGCAAAACUUGCGAAGGACUUCCAAAACAUUUUGAAGGAGUACCAGAAACUUCAAAGGCUUGCAGCUGAGAGAGAAACUGCAUUUGCUCCAUUGGUUCCCCAAGCCGUUCUUCCACCAAGAUAUGAUUCUAUGGGUGUGCCUGAUAAUACUUCCAACAAGCCUCUUGAGCAAGCUCUACUUUUGGAGUCCAAAAGACAAGAGGUGCUUUUGUUGGACAAUGAGAUCGUCUUCAAUGAGGCAAUCAUAGAGGAGAGAGAACAAGCCAUCCAAGAUAUUCAACAGCAGAUUGGUGAAGUGAAUGAAAUCUUCAAAGACCUUGCUGUUCUGGUUCAUGAUCAAGGAGUUAUAAUUGAUGACAUUAGCUCCCACAUUGAGAACUCUCAUGCAGCCACUGCUCAGGGGACAAUCCAACUUCAAAAGGCAGCCAAAACCCAAAAGUCAAAUUCAUCCCUGAUGUGCCUGCUUUUGGUGAUUUUUGGGAUUAUCCUUCUCAUUGUGGUCAUAGUUGUUGCGACAUAAUCCAUGGAACAGUGGCUCACUUCAACAUGGUCAAUUUCUGCCGCAAGGAAGUUCAAACUGGUCAGUUUCUCUGUUAAAUAUUUGACAAACAAGUUGCAACUUCAAGGCUGUUCUAUGCUUCUCUCAAGCUGUUGUUAAGAAUGUGAUCUGCAUCUUUGUCCUUAAAUGGUACAUAAUAUGCUUAACUUAAGAUUCUUCUUUCUCCUGCCUCUUUCAACUGUUUGAUUCUUUUUUAUCCACCAGAUAGUUAAUAAAUAAAUUUUAUUUCUUA